UUGAGUGUUGGGAGGUGAUACUGAGUAGAACAUGAUAGAAUAGUCAUCAAAUACCAAAAAGAGGCGCAUUGUAUUAAAUAUAAAACCCUUUUUUUCUCAUCAGUAGAUUUUUUAAAAUUGAAAAGUGCUCCUAAAACAAAAGGCAGCCAACUUCCCAUUGGCAUGCCAGUCUGUGUAGGGUCAAAGGUCAAUCUCCCAAACAGCCAUUUGCUCAGGGAGGGUGCUAACUCAGGUUUCUCUGACCACCAGUCAGCAUUAGUGAACCUCAACAGAGUAAUACUGUCUGUGGGAAGACGGAGAGUUUACCCAAAGAGUAAGAGGGAAAAUUCCGGUAAAGUUGUGAUAUGAAGUCAGCAAAGUGUCAGAUUUGAGGGGAGCAAUCAACAAGGUGAAAUAAGACGGCUAACGAUCUUGGAGUGCAACAGGUUCAGGGCACCUGAUCUUUUGCCCAUUGAAUGCUCAGUACUGAUAAAACUCAGAAAAAGGACGAUGAGGCAACGAGGUGCCAUGAGGGUUUUACUAUCAAUCUUCAUUUUCUGCAAUAUCAUUUUCAGAGCAUUUGCAAUCCAAUGCAAGAAGUGUGUGCCUCGGAUUAGCCCCACAUGUAAAAACUCCUACUGCUUCAAUUCUAAUAAGUGCUUAUCUGAAUUAUCAUCUGUAAAUAACAGGUCAUUCAUUAUCAGGACUUGUGCCAACAGAGCGCACUGUGGUGCGUCCAUAAACACGGGUAUUGUUAAGCACAGUAUCAUAUGUUGCAAAAAUGACCUAUGCAACAACCAUACCAUGCCAGAGCGUAAAAAUGGCAUGGAAUGCUAUGGGUGUACUGACAACAGUUGUCGUGAGAAUUUAAAGUCCAUUGCUUGCACUUCAAAUCAGAAAUUUUGUGCCUGGGGUUACUUCAAAGGCCCAUAUAAUCGGUUUGCUGAUCUGCUUUUGGACACAUCUAUAAAUAUGUCAACAAAUGAAGAUCAAGAUGUUGAAAGUCGUUCAAUCCGUUUUCCGUUUCGAGGCUGUGCGAGUCCGGAGGUUUGUGGGCUUCCCAUUUCAACUGUCAACAAGAUUAGCUGCUGCUGUGGAAACUUGUGCAACAGGAGUGUCAGCACACAGCACAACAUGCUGCUCCUCCUGGUGACAGGACUCCUUCCUUCCCUCAGGAUGCCCCUGUAGGUGGAAAUCUGAAAGACUGCAGGCUUCGAAUGGCCAAAUGAAAUCCUGACAGGAGGACCUGGUCUGAAAACCUUUUUGAGGGACAUGAAGAUCAAGAAAAGAUCUUACUCAGUGUCUUUCAGGACCUCACUUCUUACCAAAGUGAUUUCACGCCCAGUGUUGGUACUUUUAAACUAAAACUUGUACUGGAGGAGACAUGAUUGCCAACUCACAUGCAGCAAGCUCCCAGAAAUAAGGACAUUAUUUCCUUUUAGUGAUAUCAGUUUAGGCUUAAGUAUGCUACACCCAAUACCUGCUCCUGGCAGGUCUUCCAAACUGUGACUGUGAAAACUUUUGUAUCCACCAGAGAACAAGGACAGUAGCAUCAAUUUAGAACUUUACCCAAAGGACCUUCGACAGUGCGGCGCUCCCUCAAGACUGACCCUCUGACAGUGCAGUGCUCC